AUGGAUCUUAAAAUCCUUCGGAGAUUUGGGGUAUGGACAUUGCAGGUGACUACCUUGGUAAUUGUUGCAUCUGUCUUGGAUUUGGCUCUGGGGCAGAUUCGGUACAGCAUUCGCGAGGAACUGGAGCAUGGGGCAUUUGUUGGAAACAUCGCCGAAGACCUUGGUUUAGACAUUAACAAACUCUCUAGACGCAGAUUUAGAAUAGUCUCGGGCGCCAAAAAACAGUACUUAGAAGUAAAUUUGGAAAACGGAGUUUUAUUUGUGAAUGAGAGAAUUGAUCGAGAAGAACUGUGCGAGCAGAAUCCAACAUGUUCUUUCCAUUUGCAAGUUGUUAUCGAAAAUCCUUUAGAAUUAUAUCGAGUAGAGGUUGAGAUUUUAGACGUGAACGACAACUCCCCCGUAUUUCCAUGGAGCGAGUUUAACCUGGAUGUAUCAGAGUCCGCAGUGCCUUGUUCCCGUUAUCCUGUGGAAAGCGCACAGGACCUGGACGUUGGAUCUAAUUCUCUCCAUUCAUACCUCCUUAGUGUGAACAAGCAUUUCGUUUUGGAUGUCCAGACGCGCAGCGAUGGCAGUAAGUUUGCGGAGCUUAUUCUAGAGAGCCCACUGGACAGGGAACAGCAGAAGAUGCACCAGAUGGUUCUUACAGCGGUUGACGGAGGCUCGCCGGAAAGAUCUGGGACGGCCCAGAUCAAUAUAACUGUUUUAGAUGCAAAUGACAAUGCGCCCGUUUUCGACCAGUCUUUCUACAGAGUGCAACUUCCAGAAAACGCACCAAAAGGCACGGUCGUAAUUAAACUAAAUGCUUCCGAUCUUGAUGAGGGACCAAACGCAGACAUUACAUACUCCUUCAGUGGACACGCGCCCAUGAAAGUGCGAGAGUUGUUCAGCGUGGACCCUCGAACUGGGGAGAUAAAGGUCAAGGGACAAGUGGACUAUGAGAAAGCCAGAAUGCACGAGAUAUACGUCCAAGCCAUGGACAAAGGCCCCUCUGCGGUGGCCGUGCAUUGCAAAGUUCUGGUUAAUAUUUUAGAUGUUAAUGACAAUCUUCCCGAGGUAAUCCUGACCUCAGUUUCAACACCAGUCCAAGAGGACGCGCCACCAGGCACUGUAAUAGCUGUCAUCAGCGUAAUGGAUCGAGAUUCUGGGGGAAAUGGGAACGUAGACUGUGAAAUUCCUCACCACGUACCGUUUCAGCUUCAUUCUUCAUUUAAAAACUAUUACACUUUAGUCACAUGCGAUUUUCUUGAUAGGGAAACCAUUCCCGAAUAUAACAUCACUCUUACAGCGCGGGAUAUGGGUACACCACCGUUGUUCACAAGGAAAACUAUUUUGGUUCAGGUAUCUGAUAUUAACGACAACGCGCCGCGGUUCAAGCAACCAUCCUAUUCUGUCUAUCUGACCGAGAACAACGCACCAGGUGCCUCAAUUUUUUCUGUAACUGCACAGGACUCAGAUGCUGAUCAAAAUGCAUAUUUGUCAUACUCUAUUUUAGAGAGCGACAUUCAAGGGAUGCCAGUGUCCACUUAUGUAUCCAUAAAUUCAGAUAAUGGAAAUAUAUAUGCACUCCGGUCUUUCGACCAUGAACAGCUGAGGAACUUUCAGAUAGUAGUUCAAGCCGAAGACGCUGGCUUCCCUCCCCAGAAAACCAAUGUAUCUGUUAACGUAUUCAUUUUGGAUCAAAACGACAAUGCGCCAAUUAUCGUUUCACCUCUACCCCAAAAUGAUACGGCAGCAACCGAAAUUGUUCCAAGAUCAGCAGAUGCAGGCUAUCUUGUGGCAAAAAUCACGGCAAUGGAUGCUGAUGCUGGACAAAACUCUCGCCUCUUGUAUCAAAUUCUCCAAGCAACAGACCCCAGCUUGUUCAGCGUGGCCCUAUACACUGGAGAAAUCAGGACUAUUCGCAGACUUGUUGACAACGACUCCACAAAGCAGAGGCUGGUCAUUCUGGUCAAGGACAACGGUCAGCCGCCCCUAUCGGCCACGGUUUCCAUCAUCUUGUCAGUUGUUGACAGCGUGCCAGAAUCCCUGCUUGAUUUCAGCGACCUUGCAUUGAGCCCUCAGUACUACAAUUCGAACCUCACGCUGUAUUUAAUAGUAUCUCUGGGCGCUAUUUCGUGCACGUUUCUAGUGGCUAUUAUUGUCCUAGCUGCAAUAAAAGUAUACAGGGACAGACAUUCCAUUCAGGGAUACAACGUUUCCAGCUCCUGCUGUGGUUUUCGAUCAGAGGCGUCCACUCCUGAAGUAAUUAAAAAGUCAAACUUAAACGUCAGUAAAGGAAAUACAAACUGCGUGGAGGUAAACAGUACCGGUGCCCAGAAGUACUGCUACAAAAUGUGUUUGACUCCAGAGUCAUCAAAGAGUGACUUCAUGUUUCUAAAGCCGUGCAGCCCCACAGCCACAAUGUCUCGGAAUAACACGAAGGCUGUAGAAUAUAAGACCUCGGCUUGGAGCCCGAGUAAGCAAGUGCUUUCUACCAACGUAGGAGCAAACUCUCCGGAUCAGAUCAAGAGAGCUAACAAAGACUGGAAACUGAUCAAGAAUCAGCGGAAUUCUGCACAUAAGAGCAAUAGCUACGCUAACAUGGGGAGGACUCUGCAACGUAGAACGAUGUUGGAGCCAGACUCUUUAGCCCACCCUGCCAUUCCACAAUACUGGACCUGGGGAAACCACAUGCGCGAUCACAAAGUAUCAUCUCAAGUGAACGGACUCCCAAAUCGCUCCUGGACGCCUCAGUACAACCAGCAGAACUCAGUUCAGCCGCCCCCUGAUUAUCAGCACAAUGUUUAUAUCCCAGGCACUCCAUCUGCAUACUACACACUGAAGCUGGCAAACUGUGGUGACCUUGAUGUCUACAAUUCAUUUUCGACCUUUGGAAAAAAGAAAAAGUUAAUGUCAGGCUAUGAUCAGGGAGAGGAUGCAGUUGCGCACUAUGACUUUUUGAAAUGA